GUGACCAGGGAGAGAGAGGGGGAGAGAGGGAGAAGUGUCCGUAACCACAGGGACUGUGACAGGAGCUUGUGUGUGGUCUGAGGAGUCAGCGCCGGUCUGAGAGGGGCUGGUCUGUAGAGAGGAGACUCCUUCCUCUGGCUCUGCUCUCUAUUAUAGAGGAUUACCCAAUACAGAAACAUCUCUCUGUUACAGGGGAUUACCCUGAGAGAAACGGCUCUCUGUUAUACAACUUCUGUCCAGAGACUGAAAAUUGACCGUACAGAGACAGAAGGAGAACUUUGAACACAAAAGAGACUGAGAUACAGCAUUGAACCAGAGGAUGCAGAGGAUGCUUGCUGCCGGUGUUGGAAUGAUGCUGGUGUUGGUGAGGUUGAACUUAGGAAUGCCAAACAAGGUUCAAGAUGAUCCCAGCUCUCUCAGGGUGAUCAACCAGGAGAAGUGGGAGAGGGAUGUGCGUUCGGCCUCCAGUCUGGACGAGCUGCUCAUGCUGACAGAUUUCCCUGACUGGAAGCUGUGGAAGUGUCGUCUAAAACUCAAACACCUGGAGACGUCUCCCUCAUCCUCUUCCUCUCAGCAGCCCAACCACCGUUCCUCCUCCUCCUCCUCCUCCUCCUCCUCCUCCUCCGCUGGGUCACACCGCUCCACGCGCUACGCUGUAGCAUCCUACAGCCUGGAGAUACUCAAAGCCAUAGAUGAUGAGUGGCAGAAGACGCAGUGCACGCCCAGAGAGACGUGUGUAGACGUGGCAAAGGAACUGGGCACCACCACCUCCAUGUUCUUCAAGCCCCCCUGCGUGUCCGUCUUCAGGUGUAACGGAUGCUGCAACAAAGAGGGUGUAUCGUGCAGAAACACAAGUACUGCCUAUGUUAAUAAAACCCUGCUGAGUGUGAUACCGUUCAAAUACGGACCUGAGCCGGUGUUGAUAAAGGUAGCCAAUCACACAGAGUGUAAGUGUAUGGAACCACCCCUGAUCCGACGACAAGCCCAUAUACGCUCUCACAGGAGGAACGGCUGCUCUCCGAUGCGUCAGCUCUCUAAAUCAGAGGACUCCAGGCGUCUGUGUUCCAGUGGGUUGAUCUGGGACUGCAUGGCCGACCGUUGUGUGUCCUACCCCUCCACUGAACAACCAGACUUCUCUCCCAAUAUGAGAACGGUGGACUGUGACAUAGAUGUUGACAGGUGUGACUGUGUCCCAGACCACACUACACUGUCCCCACAGCCCACCCUAACCCAGGACCCAGACCAUCCUACCCUGCAUGUCACCUGAACCAUACUGCCUGUGCUAACAACAAACAGCACUUCAUCCAUGCCUCUUGCAGAUGCCAGUGAUACUCAGAAGAAUAUAACCUUUGACAUUUGCUUGGCUUUGAAGUUUGGAAGCAGUGAAAAAGUUCAUAAUUUAAUUUAUAUCGCUAUUUAUAUAUCUAACUUCAAAUAAAAUAGUUUAUCUUUCUAACCUACAUACACGACGUUUUACAUGUUUUAUUUAGAUAUGUAAAUUAUUAGUAUUUAUAUGCACUGAACAUGUAUUUUACGCUAAAGAACAAUAUUUUUGUAAUAAUUGCUUCCAAAAUUUUGUAAAUAUAAUCGAAGUUUGUCCUUUUGGUGUCUAUCAUUCAUAUUUAGAAUUAAAGUUUUAACCGUUUUGUUCAAAGUUCUCUCACCUUGUAAAGUUAUAGGUCGCGACCAGACCUGUUAACGGUGGGUCGCGACGUGCCAAUUUGUAAGUCGCUCUGGAUAAGAGCGUCUGCUAAAUGACUUAAAUGUAAAUGUGUUAGAGCAAAUGUAUCAUUAUUUCAUUAAUUACUGUAAUUGAUUUGGCCAAGUACAAACGGUCUGUGUUCAUUGCACUCUCUGCUAAGCAGCUGUGUCAGUUCGGCAGCUGCGCGACUGAGAGGGAGAAGCCUGUGUGCUUCGUGGGUUACCGGAUCUUUUUUUUUCCCGGCAGUUUUAAUUGAAGAUCACUCCGCGACCAACACGAUGCAGCGCUGUAGUUCAGCAGCAGAUGAUGCGCCGUCAGUCAAUGACUUGGUAUUCUCACUCGCCAGCUGUCAUCUAAUGUCGUCAAAACUAGCCAUAAAUUCUGACUGAGCUCAAUCGUCAUUAAACUGAAAUACAGCCAUACGUUUCUUUCUCUUGGUUUCAUACCAACUUUGAGAAAUAACGAGGAGCAGCGCACACAAUGUAUGUUGUCCAGGGAAG